CAAAAGAGAUUUACAAGUAAGUCUUUUCGUUACCUAUGUUUCACCAAACAGCCAAACAUUUGUCUUUCUCGUAUUUAGAAAAAUUCAACACAGUUUCAUUUAUUACAGCCAUUUCCAAAACAAAACCAUGUCAAAAAAAAUCAUUAUAUUUUCUUCGCAUGUUCGCAUUUUCUUUCCCCCAGUGCUGAAUGUUUUUUCACAUCGAAAAAUCCUUCAAGAACAUGUGCUUUCGUAAGACGGGGGUAAUGGAAAUCUAUUAUUUUUAAAUUUCUAGGCUGAACUAAUGGGUUCUCCACCGCGGAAGAAAUUAAAAGAUGGUGCUGUUCCGACCUUGUUUAAUUUUACAAAACAGCCUGAGAAACGUAAAAGAACAGAAAAAAGAAUCGAAGACCGUCAGAAACGACAGCUAAUUGAUUCUAUGCUGGAAACAGAAGCAAGUGAUACUACACAACCUGAAAAUAAACAAGAAAUGGGAACCCAGUUCCAAGUUGCUCAAAUAAAAGUGAAGAUUCCAAAACCAAAAAAAAAGAAGGACAAAUGUUGUAAUACCGAUUUUUCUUUCUCGCCCGAUGUAGAAGUAUCGAUGUCUGUCAUAGAAGAAUUUUCAGAAUACGAGGAAGAAGCAAUUAGUAAUAAUGAGAAAAGUCAAGACGAAUCGUUCAAUUUGGAAAAUCUGUCAGAUAGUGAGAAUGAUAACGACUCCGAUGUGGACAUCCCCGACCUAAACGGCACGUGUUUUAUCGUUUUUUGGUCUUGUCUUCUACCUCUGCUACGAUUUUGUUUCACCUGUUUUAAGCCAGCUGAAGUGAAUAAAAUUGCAGUUAAAGGGACUCAACUAAUCGUACAUUUGUUGUGCAGUGACCAUCAUGCUCACCAAUGGUCAUCGCAACCACUGGUGAGUAAGCGACCGUGGGGAAAUGCUUUCCUCAGCCAUUUUAAUUUCCGGUAACACAUACCAACGCGUUAAAGAAAUGAUGCAAAUCGCAAAAAUACAUUUUUUGUCCAAAACCACCUUUUACGAAAUACAAAAAAAGUACAUAUUCCAAGCGAUUCACAAAAUAUAUUCCACUCAUCGAGAAUUGCGAUUUCAGUCUUACCUAGAAAGCAAUGAGGCACUAGACUUAGCAGGCGAUGGGAGGCUUGUUGACCAUAAAAUUUUGUUAAGAAAGCUAUGGUGUUUUGGCAUUAGAGAUGCUGCCUUUGACUGGUUUGAGUCAAAUGCAGCUGACUCUUGUAAUUGACACAAGAUCAGAUUUGCUUCAUGAAGAUGUUUUCAAAGGGAUGCAGGGAUCUGUGUUGCCCCCCUACUUUUUCUUUUGUGUAUUGAUGUGUCAUCAAUUCAAACUACCACCAUCUUUGUGUAGAAGAUACAUUAAUUAUUUCAUCCUAUAAAAACGUGGAUACCCUUGUCUUGCAGGUCGAGUUAGAAUUUUUGCAAGUCGACAUCUGGCCGAAUAAAAACAAAAUGACUAUUAAUACGGACAAAACUGAAACAAUAUUUUUCGACAACCACAGCCAGUUAAAAAAAGUUGAAAACAAAACUAUCAACUAUAUUGGUCUUCUUCAAAGGUAUUCCUUUGAAGAAGACCAAAAAGGUUAAAUAUCUUGGGGUAAUAUUUCAUCAAAAACGCAAUAUGAAAACCAUGUUAAUCACAUAAAUAGAAAAAUAACAUAAUUAAAUAUUUUAAAA